AUGCCGGGCGCCAGGCAUAAAAUCCUGGGUCAUGUCCUCUCAGGAUUUUGUCACAAAAUGAACAGACGUAAACCUCUGUAUGGAGAUUGCCUCGAUACGCCUCUGAACAGAUGCCUCACGACGUUUGAUAUCACCUUGUUAGGUAUUGGACAUAUGGUAGGAGCUGGAAUUUACGUUUUAACAGGAACAGUAGCAAAGAACAUGGCAGGGCCAGCGACCGCGCUCAGUUUUCUUUUGGCUGGUAUAACUUCGACACUAGCUGCUCUAUGUUAUGCAGAAUUUGGAACUAGGAUACCCAGAGCGGGGAGUGCUUACGCAUAUACGUAUGUAAGCAUUGGAGAAUUUUGGGCCUUUAUUAUUGGAUGGAACAUUGUGCUUGAAUACAUGAUUGGUGCUGCUUCAGUCGCGCGGGCUUCAUCGGGUUACCUUGACGCGCUAUUACACGGAGCCAUUAGUAACGCUACUACAUCAGUGACGGGCGAACUACACGAAACUCUUUUAAGCAAAUAUCCCGAUAUUUUAGCAUUUCUCAUUUGCAUCAUAGCUUCCCUCAUUCUCGCCGUUGGCGUAAAAACAUCAGCGUAUAUUAAUAACGGUCUGACUAUAUUAAAUCUCAUUGUCAUAUCUCUCGUUAUUUUCUUAGGUUUCUUCUACGCAGAUCUUAGCAACUGGUCUGACAUUCACGGUGGUUUCAUGCCUUAUGGUAUAAGUGGAGUUCUAACCGGUGCCGCUACUUGUUUCUAUGCAUUUGUCGGUUUCGAUAGCAUUUCUGCAUCUAGUGAAGAGGCAAAAGAUCCCACUCGUUCCAUUCCGACAGCUACUAUUUUAUCUAUGGGUGUAGUUGGUAUCGGGUACAUUCUUGUAGCCCUUGCUCUUACACUUAUGGUACCCUAUACACAAAUUGACGUUGAUGCCGCCUUGCCAAAAGCUUUUGAAGCCGUUCAUGCUAAUUGGGCUAAAUAUGCAGUGGCUGUUGGCGCCAUUUGCGGAAUGACCACUACGUUAUUAGGAUCACUGUUUUCCCUACCUCGGUGUCUCUAUGCGAUGUCGGCUGAUGGUUUGUUGUUCGGUUUUCUUAGCGAUAUGAGUAACAAAUCGCAAAUACCAAUUUCCAACCUUAUUAUAUCUGGAUUCUCAUCUGCUUUGAUUGCUCUUCUGUUUGAUUUAGAAAAACUUGUAGAGUUUAUGUCCAUUGGUACUUUAUUAGCGUACACUAUAGUGAGUGCUGCUGUUAUAAUUCUUCGAUAUAGACCAGCACCUCCAACUGAAGACAAAGACUUCGGUAUUCCUCAGCUAGAAUCUCCAGGAGAUCGUGAAGACAGUUCGGCAACCGGAACACCUGGAACAGAUGCUGGAUCUUCUUCAUCAGAGAUGUUCGAAGCACUGACAGUUGGCCGUCUCCGACCUCAAUAUGCGUGGCUGGAACCACUAGUAGGGGGCAGAGCUCCUGGCACUGCAGUUACCAGCUGUGUCUACGUGUUCACUGUUGCUACAGCCAUACUAAGCGCACAUAAUCGUCUCGCUGAACAUAAAUUAGUGAUGUGGAUGAUCAUACCCGAUGUUGUACUCAGCCUUAUUAUAAUUGGAUGCCUCUUCAUUAUUUGGGCUCACCAACAAAGUCCGAUUCGUCUACCCUUCCGAGUGCCAUAUGUCCCGCUUCUACCAGCCGCCAGUGUCAUGCUCAAUGUUGAACUUAUGAUAAACCUCAACAUUCUCACUUGGGCUAGAUUCGCUAUCUGGAUGACAAUUGGUCUCCUACUAUACUUUCUGUACGGAAUCCAUCACAGCAAACUAGGCGAGGGUGUGACCGGUCUUUUAUCUCGCUCCUAUAGCGGAAACCAUACUGGUUGGGGCGCAGUGGACAAAACAAGCACUUUAGCCCGGCGUGUGGGCAGAUUAGGACGAGGCAGCCGCAGCGACGACCGCAAACCAAUUAUUUGUGACGACGAACUCUCAAGACGGGAGCCGUGA